AUGCAGCCAAUCCAGAAGAAGGCAAUCUCGGCCCGGCCACUGAGAGCGCAGCGCGGCACCUCCCACCGGAAGAGGGACGGGGGCGGGGCUUUGUGCCGGAAGCGACCGUCCCGCGGUCGUUUCGGGUGCCUGCGGGCAGUGCGGUCAUGCCCGACCAAGCACUGGGGAGAAUGGUUCCUGAACCUGCGGGUGCUGCCCGCCGGGGUCUUCGGGGUGGCCUUCCUCGCCCGGGUGGCCCUGGUUUUCUACGGGGUCUUCCAGGACCGGACGCUGCUUGUGCGCUACACGGACGUGGACUACCAGGUGUUCACGGAUGCCGCGCGCUUCAUCACGCAAGGGCGCUCCCCGUACCUGCGGGCCACCUACCGCUACACGCCGCUGCUGGGCUGGCUGCUCACGCCCAACGUCUGCCUGUGUGAGCUCUUCGGGAAGUUUCUGUUCAUCAGCUGCGACCUCCUCACUGCCUUCCUCCUCUACCGCUUGCUGCUGCUCCAGGGGCUGGGCCGGCGCCGGGCCUGCGGCUACUGCGUCUUCUGGCUUCUCAACCCGCUCCCCAUGGCGGUGUCCAGCCGGGGCAACGCGGACUCGCUGGUGGCGGCGCUGGUGGUGGCGACGCUGUACCUGCUUGCGAGGAGGCAGGUGGCGUGCGCCGCGGUGGCCUACGGCCUCGCCGUGCACAUGAAGAUGUACCCGGUGACCUACAUCCUUCCCAUCGCCCUGCAUCUGCUCCCGGAGCGCGGCGGCGACCCGGGCCCCCGCCAGCCCCGCUGCUCCUUCCAGGCCCGUCUGUCCGAAUUCCUUAGGAGGCUGUGCAGUCGGUCCGUGCUGCUCUUCGUGGCUGUGGCCGGGCUCACGUUUUCCGCCCUGAGCUUCGGCUUUUACAGUAAAUACGGCUGGGAGUUUUUGGAGCACACCUACCUGUAUCACCUGACGAGGCGGGACAUCCGGCACAACUUUUCGCCGUACUUCUAUAUGCUGUACUUGACCGCGGAGAGCCCGUGGAGCCCCUCCCUGGGCAUCGCCGCCUUCUUGCCACAGUUAGUGCUGCUCUCGGCCGUGUCCUUCGCCUACUACAGAGACCUCGUCUUCUGCUGUUUCCUGCACACGGCCAUUUUUGUGACUUUUAACAAAGUCUGCACCUCCCAGUAUUUUCUCUGGUACCUCUGCCUGCUGCCCCCCGUGGUGCCGCUGGUGAGAAUACCCUGGAAACGAGCUGUGGUUCUCCUAAUGCUGUGGUUUAUAGGGCAGGCCUUAUGGCUGGCUCCUGCCUAUAUUCUGGAGUUUCAGGGAAAGAACACCUUUCUGUUUAUCUGGUUAGCUGGUUUGUUCUUCCUUCUUAUCAACUGUUCCAUCCUGAUUCAAAUAAUUUCCCAUUACAAGGAGGAACCCCUCAUGGAGAGAAUCAAAUAUGACUAAUAGGACUCCAGUUCUUCCGCCACUUCGAUUACAUUCUGAUUGUCCUGAAUGGACCAGAAGAGAGCUUUGGAAAACAUUUUUGAAAAUUCUGUGCACUCUAGUGAAAACUCAGUUUGGAGCAUAAAACCCUAUUGCAAUGGAAAUUAAAACGAAUGGUUGCCUUAUAUAUAAAGGGGACUCAAUGAUUGAGGUCCACCUCUAGGAAAUCUUAAGACUCUCCGUUGUCUGG